AUGUUCAAUUUUUGCCGCCCUGGAGCUUCCAUUCAACUUAUCUGCAAUGCCAACUCGGCUCACAAAGACAGAACGUCUCACUUUGAUGGCUUCACCGUGAAGUCGGAUGCCGCAAUUCCCGCUCCAUCUGUUCUUGGGACCAUUCAGAAAAGCGUACCUUCUCUGUGCGAAAAGACCUUUAGGUUCAAGCCUUCAUUUGCUGUUGCGAAUGCGGAUGUUCAAACCAUAUUUAGUCAUCUAGGCCAAAUAGACAAUCCCAUGUGCUAUGAUAGACGCUUCAUUCCCGCCGAUAAUGGGGGCACAUUGGCCCUUGACUUUGCUUCUACUCCGUGGCUAAAGAGUAGUGCUCCAAUCGCUAUCAUUAUACCCGGUCUCUUGGGCUGCUCGCAGGAUGCAUAUGUCAAUUCUGCAGCUAGGGAGCUAUCCAGACUCAAGGAUGGGUCAGUGAGGGGAUAUAGAGUUGUCGUCAUGAACCCAAGAGGCACUCCCGGGAACCCUCUGACGAGCCCUCAUCUUACUCACGCUGGUUCAACCGAUGACAUGAGAACAGUCGUUUCGUAUAUUCGCAAAAACUAUCCAGAUUCAAAGGGUCUUUUUGCUUUGGGUUUCUCGAUGGGUGGCGGGCUUCUUUCAAAUUACAUGGCUGAAGAAGGUGCAACUUGUCCACUUGAUGCUGGCUUCUGCAUUUCCACUGUCUGGGAUUUCUUAUCAUGUCACGAACGGAUGGAAGAGGAACAUUUCUUUCGUCGGAUAUGCUACAGUUACUCCUGCGGCACGCGUCUAACGAGCGUUGUUCGCGAACACGAAAAGCUCUUCAGAGAUGCAAAUUCUAAGGGGCUGGAUCAGUUAUUGUCACAACGAAGAGUAUGCAUGAGCAUGUUCAACAACACGUUUAUGUCGUAUCUUGCUGGUUAUCCAAACACGCCUGCGUUUUCUGCUGGCACGAGUCCGCUCUACCGCGUUGGCAACAUACGCCGUCCUUGCGUGCUGUUGAAUGCGCGUGAUGACCCAUUUUAUGGCGGAUGGUAUAUGGCAGACGUGGAGAGGGCUGUUCGCGACGGUGGGCACGAGAAUCUGGUCCUCGCGAUUACUGAGAAAGGUGGACAUGUGGGGUGGAUCCAAAAGACUAAGGAUGGGAGAUGGGAACAAUGGUUCAUGCAUCCUGUGCGGGAGUUCUUUGAUGCUAUAUCAGAAGCCGCGAAAUCUGAUUCAGACACGAAAAAUUCCUAA